CCAUGCGCGACUACGAUGCGGUCACCGCUUUCCUGGGCGAGUGGGGCCGCUUCCAGCGGCUCGUCUUCUUCCUCCUCAGCGCCAGCAUCGUUCCCAACGGCUUCAACGGGAUGUCGGCCGUUUUCCUGGCCGGCACCCCCGAGCACCGGUGCGCCGUGCCCGGCGGGGCCAACCUGAGCGGCGAAUGGCGCAACGCCAGCAUCCCGCUGGAGCUGCGGGAAGGGCGGGCGGCGCCGAGCCGCUGCCGCCGGUACCGCCUGGCCGCGCUCGCCAACUUCUCGGCGCUGGGGCUGCGGCCCGGCUCCGACGUGGAGCUGGGGUCGCUGGAGCAGGAGCCCUGCCUGGACGGCUGGGAGUACAGCCGCGACGUCUACCGCUCCACCAUCGUCACCGAGUGGAACCUGGUGUGCGAGGAUGACUGGAAAGCCCCGCUGACCACCUCCCUCUUCUUCGUGGGGGUCCUCAUCGGCUCCUUCAUCUCGGGGCAGCUCUCGGACAGGUUUGGCAGGAAGAAUAUCCUUUUCUCAACGAUGGCCGUGCAGACUGGCUUCAGCUUCCUGCAGAUCUUCUCUACCAGCUGGGAGAUGUUCACAGUGCUCUUUCUCAUAGUGGGGAUGGGACAGAUCUCUAACUACGUGGUGGCCUUCAUACUGGGAACAGAAAUUCUUGGCAAAUCAGUUCGUAUUAUAUUCUCUACAUUAGGAGUUUGCAUAUUUUUUGCAAUUGGCUACAUGUUGCUGCCACUGUUUGCUUACUUCAUCAGAGACUGGCGGAUGCUGCUGCUGGCGCUCACUGUCCCGGGGCUGUUCUGCAUCCCGCUAUGGUGGAUCAUUCCUGAAUCCCCUCGGUGGCUGAUCUCCCAGGGAAGAUAUAAGGAGGCAGAAGUUAUUAUCCGAAAGGCUGCAAAAAUAAAUGGCGUUCCAGCCCCAGCCGUGCUUUUCGACACCGCGGAGAUGCAGGAUUCGAAGCCUCAGCAGCAGCAGAAGGCUAUCCUUCUGGACCUAUUUCGAACCCGAAACAUUGCAACUAUUACUAUUAUGUCAUUACUUUUGUGGUUUUUCACGUCAGUUGGUUACUUUGGCUUGUCCCUCAGCACUCCAAACUGGCAUGGAAAUGCUUACAUCAACUGUUUCCUCUCAGCUGUUAUUGAAGUUCCAGCUUACGUGAUUGCCUGGCUUCUCCUCCGCUCCCUCCCUCGGCGCUACUCCUUAUCUGGCACCUUGUUUUUAGGGGGAGGUGUCGUCCUCUUCAUUCAGCUGGUUCCUGCAGAUUUUAACGUCCUGUCUGUUGGCCUGGUGAUGCUUGGAAAAUUUGGCAUCACAGCUGCAUUUUCAAUGCUUUAUGUCUACAAUGUGGAGCUAUACCCAACGCUAGUGCGAAACAUGGCAGUUGGAGCUACUUCCACGGCUUCCAGGCUGGGCAGCAUCAUCGCUCCGUACUUUGUUUACCUGGGUGCCUACGACAGAUUCCUACCAUAUAUCCUGAUGGGAAGCCUGACUGUGCUGAUCGGAAUCCUUACCCUGUUUCUCCCAGAAAGCCACGGCAAUCCCCUGCCUGAGAACUUUGAGCAAAUGCUGAAGGUGAAAUGUUUCAGAAAUGGGCAACAAACCACUGGCAUUAGGAAUUCAAAGAAGAAUUCUAAAAUUCUGAUAACACCCCUGUGAAGAAGGAUGCACACUCUCAGAGGGGCUGAAAGAAGAACAAGAUCUCUGCAAAAUACGUUUUCUGCCAGAGGAGAACAAACAAAACCCAACAGUCAGUGCUACCGCACCACAGUUAUUAUCUCCUGUGCUACUGUACCCAAAUACAUAGUUUACUGAACAGAUGCUGUCUACUCCCGUAAGACUCUUGGUCUGUAAUUCAGUGUCUUGAUACCUGGAGUUUGUCAGCAGAUACAGUCCCUGUUGAGAAAUGGGGACCUGCAUGUGCUUAACAUGAUGAAUUCAAGGAGUGAGCUAGAAAUGAGCCUUAGGAAUAAUACAGCAAUGACUCCAGUCAGUCAGGUUCUCCAUGAAAGCUGCUUUAAAGGAAAAAAAAAAA